AUGACGAUCCACAAAAUCACAAAGCUGACAUUAGAAAGCUUCAUAUCUGCGCCCCGCCGAUCAUCAGCAGUGCCCAACGAAAAUGGACGACUUGCAUUAUACACCUUGUCCAUAUACUCUUUGGACUCUCACUCGGAAGGCAAAGAAAUCAGGGUUCUCGACCUUGAGAACGGCACAACGGCUCUCUUUUCCGAUGACUCCAAAGUCAAGGACAUCCAAUGGCUAGGCAAUGAUUGUGUCCUAUGGCUGCGAGAAGCUGAGGGAGGCACAACGGAAGUAUGGUCUGGCGUGGUCGUCGGAGAGAAGAAUGCAUAUCUUAUUGCCACGAUCGAUGGUGCUGCCUCCAAUCUGAAGACAAAGAGACUCCUCAAUGGAUCUUUUGCCGUCACCGUGACAGGGAAAGCAUCUCUGGACGGAAGCUUCUACAAUGCUGAGAAAGCCGUGAAACCCCAGUCUUCUGCUAGAGAAUACGAUACGUUCCCCGUCCGAGUCUGGGAUACUUACCUCACAGCAGAGAAGAGCGUUAUCUGGUACACGGUGCUUGAGAAAUCUCCCGAGAACAUCAAUCGCUACAUGAUUUCACAAACUGGCUUCAUCAAUGCUCUUCAGGGUACCAAUUUGGUACACCCAAACCCUUUCUACGGUGUAGACUCUGAGAUUGGGACAAGUGGUAUUCUUCUCAAUGCAAAGGACCCUUCAGUCAAUGCAGUUCUCAUGGAAAAGAACAGUCUUUAUUUUGUUCCACUGAGCACUUUCAAGGAAGAUCCAGCGCCGACACCUCGGACAGUGUCCAUGCCUGGAUUCAGCGGCACCAGUGGCUCACCAACGUUUUCUCAUGACGGUAAAUCUGCCGCAUUUCUGCAAACAAAGGACUCAAGUAAUGCAUACGAUAAUUCGAGUAUCAUUAUUGUGGGUAAUAUCGACAGCUUAGAUCAUAUGACUGAGGUCGUAACAUCCACGAGCAGUGAGAAAUGGGAUUUACGGCCCGAAUCCCUCACCUUCAGCAGCGACGCCAAAGAGCUUUACAUAAUUGCAGAAUCCCGCGGCAGCAAGAGAGUCUUCAAGAUUCAAAUCAGAUCUCACUCAAACAAUAUCAUUUUGGCGAUUCCGACGCCAAUUACAGCCGAGGGUGUAGUCUCCUCGCUCCACGCUCUCUCCCCUACCCGGCUCCUCUUCACCAUGUCAACCAUUACUUCCCCCAGCGUCUUUGGAAUAAUCGACCCGUCAACCGACAAUCAUACCUGCUCGUUCAGCCAUUUACAUGACAAGCCCGAUUUUGGCUAUCGUCCUCCACAAGUCUCCUCAAUCGACUUUAAAGGUGCAGGCGACUACAAAGUGCAAGCAUUCGUCAUCAAACCCUCAGAUUUCUCAGAAGACAAGACCUACCCAAUGCUCUUCUGGAUCCACGGUGGUCCUGUCUAUUCGUGGCCGAACGCUUGGAGCUACAGAUGGAACGCCGCCGUUUUCGCUGAGCAAGGGUACAUUGUCAUAAUGCCUAAUGUCACAGGAUCGACGGGAUUUGGACAGGGGUAUAUCGAGGGCAUUGUCGGCGAAUGGGGUGGUCGCGCGUACAAGGACCUGGUGAAUUGCUUCGAGUAUGUCAAAGAGGAUAUGCCCUUUGUGGACACAGAACGCGUUGUAGCCAUGGGAGGAAGUUAUGGCGGCUACAUGGUCAACUGGUAUAUUUCCUCCCCUAUUUCCUCCAUCCCCCACCACAGUGUUGCAAGUUCCACCGCCACACGCACACAUCAGCCAUCAGAAAACCCCACCAACUAA